UAUUGAAGUGUUCCUAGCAAUGGCUUCAAACUUCUUCUUCUUCUUCUUGACUUUGUUGAGUAACUAUUUGACAUUUUUGGAGGCCGCUUUGGUUCCAGCCAUGUAUGUGUUCGGAGACUCUUUACUGGACGUUGGCAACAAUAAUUAUCUUAAUUUUUCUGCUCCCAAAGCCAACUUUUAUCCUAAUGGCAUCGACUUUCCUACCCGGAACCCCACCGGAAGAUUCUGUAACGGCAAGAAUCCUUCAGAUUUUCUCGCUGAAAAGGUGGGGUUAACUAGUGCUCCGUCCUAUCUUUCGAUUAUUGAGAAUAGAAACCGUACAUAUAAAUUCAACACCGGCGUCAACUUUGCCUCUGGAGGAGCCACAAUCAUUCCUCAAUCAAAUCACAUGUUUGUUACAUCAAUAUCACUGACUAAACAAGUGGCGUUCUACAGCUCUGUUUACGAAGCAUUAGUGAAAGAUUUGGGAGUGAAUAAUGCAAAGGAACAUGCAUCCAAAUCUCUAUAUUUGAUAGAAAUUGGAAGCAAUGACAUAUUUGAGUACUUUGGAUCAUCCAACCUUGGCAAAACCUACACUCCUCCCCAAUAUGUGGACCUAAUGUGUCGCCAUUUCGAGAAGAAAUUAAAACGAUUGUAUGAAAAGGGAGGGCGAAAAUUGGUGGUAAUUGGUGUGGGGGUAAUUGGAUGCACUCCAGCAAUGAGAUACAAAAGCAUCACAGGAGCAUGUAAUUCCGAAAUGAAUUGGAUGGCAUUUGUGUACAAUCAACAUCUCAUAUCACUGCUUAAGAGACUCAAGGAUGAGUUAUUAGGGUUUCAUUUUGCAUACUUCGAUGGCUUCUCGAUCAUGCUUACCUCCAUUCACAAACCCUCUUCUUUUGGAUUUAGUGAAGUUAAAGCAGCGUGUUGUGGGUCUGGUAGACUGAACGCUGAACUGGCUUGCAUUCCAAAGGUAUCUUAUUGUAACAAUAGAGACAAGCAUUUGUUUUGGGAUAGAUACCAUCCAACACAACAAGCUCAUCGCUUUUUUUCUGAUUUAAUAUUCAAUGGCCCACCAACGUACACUUUUCCCAUCAAUGUUCAAACCCUUGUAGCUAUUUAAUCAAUCAACUUUUGAGGCAUAACUUUGAGAUAACUUGUGUAUGAACUAUAACACUUCAUUA